AUGUUCAAACUUUUUGUAUUCGUUGCCUUGGUGGCCUGCGUAGUAGCUGAGCAUCAUGCUUCUUCUUACGCAUCGUUCAAUAAUCAUGUUGAACAUUCAUAUCACCACGACGAUCAUCAUGAUCAUCACGAACCACAUCACCAUCCAAAAUACGUAUACAAAUAUGGUGUUGAGGAUCACCACACUCAUGACAUGAAAUCAGCCGAAGAGGAACGCGACGGAGAUGUUGUCAAGGGAUGGUACAAAUUGGAACAACCCGAUGGCAGGACCCGUAUUGUUCAUUACACCGCUGACAAACACAAUGGCUUCAAUGCUGAUGUCAAAUAUUCUGGUCAUGCCGAACAUCCUCAUCAUUAUUAA